AUGCUUUACCCCACGGAAAACAUGAAAUCGAGUAAAAAAAACAUGCACCAGUGCAGGUUUGUUAACCAUACACGAUUUUUCUCAUUUCCCAACGUUCAUGAAAAGCAUUUGAAGAAAAUGAAGCAAAGCAAUUUUGUCGUGUUUCCGAUAGAGUUAUCAAAAAAAAAACAUAUAUGACCGAGUCAAGCAAUUUCCGCUACGAGUGUCCGUAAAAUCAAAAUUUUACAAUGAAAAAGGAAAUUUGAUAUUUUUUGCCCAGACCAAAUGUUCAUUCGUUGCCAUCCUUUCAAGGUAAACUGAGAGUCGCAAAGUUUUACGGCUCUUUUUGUUCUGAGCCAAGGCUACGGGCUUAUUUGUUGAAGAAUGUCAGAUCUGUCAGAAUCCAGUGCACCUCCGUCACCGCCAUGUUUACGGUACGCUUGUUUUUGCUAGCUUUCUCAAACCAUUUUCUUGCUCAUUUUUGUAAGCUUUGUAUUACGAUUAGUUGUAAUCCGAGGUUUUAACUGUAAUUUUUGACACAGUAUAAAUGCAAUACGAAAAAAAUUGGCUCUCAAAAAAAUUCCUAGUUUUAAAGUUCAUUUUUUUGUAAAUCAAACUUAUAGCUGAGAUAACUCAGUGUGUUAAACGAAGGUACCAAAUAUUGAUUUAUUCAUGCUUCAAUAGAAUCAAAUAAGUUCAAUCUCAUUAGUUUCCAUAUGAAUAUAUCUGAUUUUUCCGCGCAAACGAAUGAAACAGUUCCCAUUAAAUUGAGUGGAUACCGUCAGAAAAGAUACAAAAAACGGGGUUUUGGUCCCAACUUUCUUGCAAGGAUUUCCAUCUUUCUGGAACUUUCUGGAGCAUUGAUGACUGUUAUUUUCAACACUCUGAUAAAGUUUCAGCUCACAGAAAAAAAAAAACGAUUCUACUCCUUACAAGAAAAUUGUGACCAAAGUCGCGUUAUUUCGCAUAUUAACGGUACCGUAUUUCAAAAGUUUCCUUCAUUUCUAUCAUGAUCCAGUCUCUCUCUUGAAUAAAGUAUUCGAAGUGUUUGAAACUUUCAGAAUGAGAAGAGCCGCAGGAGCUCACGUUCGCUCAACCCGGGUGAAAACAGCCAUGUUGGCUAGAACUGGAAUCGAUGGGAAACUUUUAGCGCCAUCUUUAAAGUUUGGAACUUCUGGAAUAGCUCCUCAAUUCGAAGUUCAGAACCGAAUAUGUACGGAACAUUCUGCACAAAAAGUACCAAACAGGAGCCAUGGCUGCUGUCUGGCAAGAAGAACAUCAGCGAAUGCCGCCGCCGCCACCAGUAGUCGUACCGAGAAGACCUCGCAGAUGGUUAAUAUUUUCGAAACACGUGAGAUAAAAAUGAGAUAGCGAAGACCGAAAGUGGGCGCUCAUGUAAAAAAAAACUAAGGGGGUUCGUUUCAAAGCCUAAAGACCACGAUGAACAUUAAAAAACAAAAAGUUCGAGAUUUGUGCCAAGUGGCAAUCCAAUCAGACUCGAUGAGUCUUUGAUGGCGACGUCAAGACGCGCGGGUAAUCCUACCUCAAAGCACUUUCUUUCUUUUCUUGAAACGCCACCGUCAAGGCUUAAAAUUCCAAUAUUUGGACCCAUCUCGACUGCGACGUUGUAUGACCCAUUCCAUAUUUCAAUUUCUCGCUUUUUUUCAUUUCAACCCUAGAUGGCGUUGAAUCUUGACGUUGAAGACCUUGAACUUGACUAUUUACGGCAAGUUUUUCUUUCUUUUUUUCUAAUAGACUGAGUGAGUUUUCAUAAUCAUUAAGCUGUAUGAGGGCAGUUGAAAAAAAGCGAGGUUUUAUUAAUUUUGUUUUUGUUGAAUAGGAUCCACAUCAAUUCGAUUUUUUUGGAAUUUUUUUAAAUGUUCUCAGAUUCUUAUUAAUAUUCCAGGCUGAUUCCACCUUUAUGCUAACUUUUUUUUAUCAGAAGCAUCAAUUUUUUUGAAAUUUUCACUGGUUCAAAAAGUUUUUUUAUAGUCCCAUGACAUUGAAAAAUUUUUCAUCCUAAAUUUCUAUUGGAUUCAAAGAAAAAAAUAAAAAGAACAAAGCGGAUAUUCAAUGGCGCCCUAUGAAAAAAUCAGCCCCUAUAAAAUAGUAUAAUAUUAUCAAAUCCCUUCCAUUCGAUAACAAUAUUCAAAUUUACAGCCGAAGAUCAGUCUCCAAAGAUGAAAGUCCUCGUAGCGGUCUGAAACCAAACGACACUCUUGGCGUCGACAGACGGGAAUCUUCUUGCAGCGUACAAGAGCGCCGAAUCGAAGAGCAAAGGCUUGAUCAUUUUUUUCCACUCAGCUAUUUUUAUCCCAUUUUUUCAAUAUAUUGAACGUUUCAAAAAGUUUUAAUGAUUCAAGAAAGAAUUUCAGAAAAUACAGUUCAUUCGGUGUGGAAUCGCCUGUUCACGUCGACCUUGUUCCAAUUCCUUCUACUCCGAGAGUUUCUCAGUCCUUCACGGAAAAUUGGCAUGCUUCUAUCAUUGUGAUUGAAUACUGUUAGUAAAAGGAAUUUUCCUAAAUUUCAGAAAAAAGUUUCUCAAAUCCGUGGCAAGAGCGUGCCGUCGAACUCAAGAACUCCAGAUCGCUUGAAACUGGAUGAUGAGUGGAACUCUCAAGAGGACAAAAAUAAGGUAAAAAAAAAUGGAGUUUCCGUUAAAGUGUAAUAAAAACCUCCAAAAAAGAUCAGAAAAAACAAUAUUUCAGGUGCGCAAGUCAACUUCUUUCAAUGAACCAGUUCAGGAAGUGGUUUUCCGUAAACAGGUUUGGAAAAAAACAUUUUAGAAUUGAAAAAAACCUACUGGAAUACUUUUUAUUAAACCAAAUUUGGAUGACUUAUGAUUAUGGGAAGUUUAAUUUCCGAUAUGAGAAAGUGAAGCAAAACUUUGGAACUUCAUAGUUUCGAAACCCUAUAUCUUUGUCAAUUUCACUUCAAAACACACUCAACCAGUUCAAAAAAUCAUCAAGAAUAUUUUCUAUCAGUUACCAUUCAAGAAACUUGAAAGAAAAUGUCAAAUGUGAGAAUGAGAAAAUAGAAAAACAGUAACUUUUUUUAAAUUUCUCGAACGUUCCAUCGUUGUUAAAGUCCCUAGAGCCGUCACACAACAAAACGGAACAUAUCAAAGCUACCGUACUUUUGAGAUUUGCGGAAAUUACCUCUUUCUCCAUUUUCCUGCAUUUUUUUUCACUACAACAAACGCCGUGGAAGCGAAUUUCUCAGAACUUACAAAAAAGAAAACGCAUGAUCAGUCUAGAGAGCUUCGAAUCACAACGACCAAGUCGUUGAACUCUUACACAGGUGCUGAAAGUAAGGCUCCCACCUGGCAGACUUUUUUUUAUUCUCGAAAAAAGUCUGGACGUAAAUAAUCACUGCAUGUGGGACUUCAAACACUUCUUCUUCUCUUCUUGCUGUGAGGUGGUUUAGAUGACAUUUUUGAAUAGAGUGGAGACGAUUUUUUGGUUACUGCUGUAUUGUAUCCGGAAAAAAGUCGAUCAGAGAAAAUUUAAUAAUAGUUUUCAUUCCAACUUUUUGAAAGCAAAGUUUUGGGAAAUUUUCUUGUCGAUAGGUUGAAAACUUUUGAAAAAACAGAUUUUAUUUUAACAGGAAUUAAACUGUCACAAGCUCAAAUUGAUUGAUUACUCUUUUUUUGAGUUUUUCGAAUGCUCUAACCAAAUUUACCAUAUUAUAAAGCCAUUGGUGGUUUAUUAAUCAUACCAUUUUAUUUUUGGAUCGCCGAAUUUUUUCCCGACUAUUAUGCUUCAAAAUACUUCAAACCUCUUGCCAGCAUUUACAAUAGAUAGCAGUCUUUUAAGAUCAGAAUAUUCAUUUUGAAACGGUGAACACAGUUUAGCAUUUCGAGAAAUCCAGUGCGCAAAUAUUGAACUAUACUGUAACUCACCACACUUCAAUAUGUGAAAAGUUCGCAGUCUGGGUUUAUUUUGAACUUGUUCCAACAGACAUCCUCUCCUAAAGCUUGUUGAAGUCGCAGAACCUUCCAAAAACAAAGAUCACCCUUUUUUCUUUUUUUUCCACAUUUUUCCGCGAAUAACCAUCUUUACUGUCAUAUUUAUAAGAGGAACGGGUAAAUACAAAAACCCGACAAAAUGUGACGUGAUGGUGCAAAGUUGGAUGUGGGCGAGCGGCGGCUUUCGGCACUCGCAAAAAUUAUCUUGUGUCAAGUGGCUACACGAAACCCUCGAACUGUCUAGGGUAUUUGAACAGGUAAAGCUGUAGCAACAGCCAUUUUUUUUAUUUUCGUCCUACUUCGUUCUUUAGUUGCCUUUUGUUCUUAAAGUCACGAACUUUCGUCUCUCGGCUAGGUCAAUGAACUUUGAAACAAAAAAAAGUUCGAGAAUCACCUAUUUCUGCUAGUUUUCCUGACGAAAUAGUAUAAUUUUUUUCAACGAAGAUCAAAACUGGGCUAUUCCUCGUGAAAAAAAAACUCCUUCCAUUUCUGUCGGAGUCUGUUUCCUGUUUUGUGUUAAUCCAUUCAUAAUCUGUCCAAAUAAGUUCAUAGUAUUGAUUUUUGAAUUUUAAUUAGCAGCCUUUAAAUUGGUAGUCGCUUAAAAAAACUCUCAUUUCUCCUCUUUUUAAACUAAAAACGUUGAUUUUGAAAAUUACAACUACGAACAGGAAUUAUACUAUAAAACUUUAUGAAACUUUUAUCCAGUUUUCAGAGAAAGUACCGUUUUGAAUCAUGGAAUAAUUGAAGGGUUGUUUGUCGGUUUGCGAAACUGUCGUGGAUCAAGCGUAGACGAGAAUAUCUCGCUUGUGAUAGUAGUUGUGCAAGGCUAGUGGGCGUUGGAUUGAACCUUAGGUAAAAAGUGGAAAUGGAGACCGACCACUGGGGAUGAAGAAAUGAGUUAAUAAACUAUAGAAAACAUAUUUUGAAAUCUUGGUGGAACUUUUUUCGAACAAGCGAGUUUUGAAAAAUAUGAAAACCUAUUUUCUCUAUAAACCGAGUUUGGGGUUUUUUGCAAUUUUUUUACCUGUACAUAAGAUGAUAUACGACUACAAUCAAAAAUCAGAAUUUCCUGGAGUUUAUUUUUUCUGCCGAUUGAUUCAAAUUAUCCAGAAAAGGGCUUAAAAAAAGUUAUUUCCAGAGCAACAAUAACCGACAUUUCCAAGCCCACCCAAAAAAAAAUGUUUUUAGGUUUCAAAGUUUAGUUUUCCAGACAAAAUUGGUGUCCUUUUUCGAGUGGCUUUAUUGACACUCCGUUGAAGGGCAACUUUUUGAAAUAGCUUUCAUUGAAUUCGUUCAUUCUUUUGCUUGCCCUCCAGGAAAAAAAACGCCUACCAAGGAUUGAGUAAAAGGCGAAAAAUCUUCCAAUUGCCGACGACGUCUUUGAUUUCACGUGUCGCGCCGCAGAUGCAAUUUGGACACACUGUGCGGCCUUGCGUGUGAUUCUUUUUUCCUAUCCUCUUCAAUCACGAAUCUAAGUCAGCUCACCGCAUCUAUACUUUGGUAACUUUGUCUUGGAGCAAUAUUUCUGAGACUUUUUAAAAAAAUUUCGAUUGCUUUGCCACCUGCACUCGAAUUUAUUUAUUUUAUAAGUUGAGGCCUUGAAUUUGUGGAAAUGCUUGUGAGUUCAAAAAAGUUGAAGGUACAAAAAAAUCUCACGACUAUAUUUAAAAAAACUUAUAUUUAAUUUUUCUCUCAUCAUCUACCACUGCUUUUUUUAAACCUCACGUUCUGAUCGGCUCUUGAGAUCCUAUCAUAACUUCUUCUUUUGUUUGGAACAAAACCAAAACUUUAUUCAUCGUCGAACUUAAGCCCUCAAUAAAUAGAAAAAAACUUUUUCAGAAAUGCUCUAUUUUUUUAACCUUCAGAAGUUCAAUCCAAUGUCCAAAAAAACUAUCUAUAUCUGCUGAGCUUGAUUGAACAGGAUUUAUAAGCGAUAGAACGGAAAUCAAGGUAGAAUUGGGUUUUGCGCUGCGAUAUCUCUUCAAUAUUGAUAUUUUUCAACAAAAAAAAAAUAAAAAAUUUGAAAUUUUAUUCAGAGCUUGCUAAAAAGCGAAGGCAUACCGUUAUCGAACCGGAAUUAUAAAGUUUUGAAAGCAAAAAAUAAUAAAUAUCUUUGGCGUUUGCAUCGGAGGAACGGGAAAUGUUUGAAAACGCAAAAAGGUGUCGAUAGCCCUUUCAAAAUUGCUCGGAAACAGUAAUAAUUUUUGAUUUAAAGAAAUUUUGUUGUCGGGAAAAGUUUCAUUACGUGCGAUGAAAAAAUUAAAUCGUGAAUUCGCGUAAGCUAUGAUUUCACGCAGUUUUUAUCUGAAUCCAGAAAACUUGACACAGAGGGUCAACACGAACCAAAACAAAUAGAGAAGAAGAAAGACGGGGCUUGGGUAAAUUUCAAAUUAAAACCCAUCGGUUAUGUUGAUUCACAUUUAUGGAGCCUCGAGCAAAACGCACUUCUCGUUUCGCUUUCGGCGAGCACAUUGUCGUCAUAGGAAUUCUAGUCCUCGUUUCUGCCUUCAUUGGCAAUUUCUCGCCCAAUUGGAGAAUUUCGCGAUUUUUUUUUCUUUCCAUUUGCGCCAUCGCAUCGUGCUCGCCUUUAUGGUCAGCUAUCACGUGCGCAGAGCCAUCGGAAGCCCGAAAACAUCCUUUUGGGCGAUCUGCCACCACGAAUUCAUCAUUGAACUCGGAGCGUGGAGGCUGUCGAAAAGAUUCCCCAGGGAGCUUCUCCCGUGAAGAUAUUCAAAUUGCGUGCCAACAAGGACGCGAACACCUCAAUAUACAUAUCGUACGCUCUCUAUUUUUACUUUCGUGAAACUUGAAAAUUCCAAAACAGUCUUGAAUCUUCUAAAAAUAUCAAAACGUAAGAAAGUCUUUGAAAAAAAGGAGCUCAGUUUACUAUGGAAAUUUCAGUGCAAACAAGAAAUCUUGAAUUUUUGUUCAAUGAAUAAGUUUUUUCGAGUGAAGUUCGGAAAGUUGCAUUAUACUUCAGAUGCUUUUCUUCCGCGUUCUUUCUCCCACUCAUCCUCUUGAGAUUUUUUCCAUCUAUCAUACUUUUUCUUUUCUUUUGGUUCAGUUUUUCCCGUUUCAAUUUCGACAGCUUGUCUGUUUUGACUAGUUUGAACUUUUUUCUGUCAUAUCAACUCCAUUGAAAAAAGUUUUCUCCUGCUGAUAAUCUUUUUCAGCGAUUUAUUGAUUUUAAGUUGUUUUGAGAAGACGUUUCCAAUCAUUGAACUCUCUUGAAAUUUUGAUGCACAUACAAAUAUUCAUAAAAAAAAGGUUAGAGUGCAGUUUCAGAAUGAAUAUUACUAUGAUAAACUAUUGUAGUUGGAAGAAGUCAAAAUGAAAGCUCCAUUGUUUCUCUUUCAAAUAAUCCAAACCAUGCAAUAAGGUCUGGAAAUUCGAGUGGGUUUUCGAUGGUUCGGAGGUUCAGAUGUUGAGCUGCAAAAGUUCCCCGCUUGAGCUGUUUGUAAUGCCCGUGUUUUGUGCUGGAGACACAGAGAAAAGUCAGAGAGGGGCUGGCCGAGCCAACGCCGCACAGCAUUGCGUGAUGAAAGCCGAGGCGAUCACUAACUGA